GGGGGUCCUUUCAGGGGUGCACCAAGACUCUCAGAGCUCAGGCCUUGGCUAGGUAGAGCAGCCCCUGGGAUGGGGGGCUCAGGUAGUGUGGAAGGUUGCGGAGCGGAGAAAGCAAGGCGGGCAAGAUGUCCUCGAAGAGUCUGGGUUAUACUUGGCUCGCUGGUUCUCGUCUUUCUCACCUCGCUCUUCUUCUCCAUCUCGUUACGGGGUGGAGUCAGCUUCAAUUACCUGGAACCGCCCGGCUGGGAGGAUUCUCGGCGGGUGAAGCUGGUGCCCAGCUACGUAGGCUCAUACAGACAGCCCCCCUCUGAUUCUCAGCAACAGCAAACAUGCGCCUGCCCUCGUUGUGUGGGAGAUCCCGGUGUCUCGGAUUGGUUUGAUGACAACUACGACCCGGAUAUCUCACCUGUUUGGACCAGAGACAACAUCCAGCUGUCCUCUGAUGUCUACUACUGGUGGGUGAUGUUGCAGCCCCAGUUUAAACCCCACAGCAUCCAGCAGGCGCUGCUUAAGUUGUUCCAGGUCAUUCCUGGACGAUCGCCGUAUGGCUCAUGGGAUCCGGGACGAUGCCUACGGUGCGCCGUAGUGGGGAAUUCGGGAAACCUGCGCGGGGCUGCAUACGGGGCGACCAUAGACGGACACAACUACAUCAUGAGGAUAAACUUGGCCCCCACGGUGGGCUACGAGGAAGAUGCCGGCAGCCGCACCACUCACCACUUCAUGUAUCCCGAGAGCGCCAAGAACCUGGCGGCCAACGUCAGCUUUGUCCUAGUUCCUUUUAAAACACUGGAUCUCGUUUGGAUCACCAGCGCGCUGUCUACCGGCCAGAUCCGAUUCACCUACGCGCCAGUGAAGCAGUUUCUCCGUGUGGAUAAAGAUAAGGUCCAAAUCUUCAACCCAGCAUUCUUCAAAUACAUUCACGAUCACUGGACGAGGCAUCAUGGUCGCUACCCAUCCACAGGCAUGCUAGUGCUCUUCUUCGCCCUGCACGUCUGCGAUGAGGUAAACGUGUUUGGAUUCGGGGCAGAUGGCCGUGGAAACUGGCACCACUACUGGGAGCAGAACCGCUACGCUGGAGAGUUUCGAAAGACGGGGGUCCACGAUGCAGAUUUUGAAGCUCAGAUCAUUCAACGACUGUCUGAGGCUGGAAAAAUCACUGUCUACCCAGGGAAAUAAAUCAACUCCGGGAAACGGGUUCCGCCAGAGAUAGUGUGUUAAACAGUCACAAGUUUGGUCACGAGCCAUCCAAUGGCCGAGUCCUCCUAAGAGGGAUACGAAAAGGUCAUGGAUGGGUCCCAUCGCAUCACAUUCAAGCCCUCUAGCUAGUAACUAAAUGUUUGGAUGUGGAUCCGGCGCUCAAAAUGUGGCAACAUAUCAAUCCGAGUGAGGUUCCGCUCACACGGUGAUGGGGAGGGGAGGGCCCCGGGGUUUCACCUCUUAUGCUGAGAGCUGAGACUGAAAGACCCGAGGAGUGUUUCGUAUUCACAAACUUCAACUCAGGAGUGAAAAAUAAAGACAUCCAACUGAGGAGUGACGAUGAGCGGUACCGAGCUUGGCGUUGACAGCGCUCGAGAGGGAAUCGUCACAUUCUCUCACGUGCUCUAUGAAUCUAAUCCACCACCUUUUUUAUUGAUACACAUUGCCUUGAGCAGGAAACGGCGCCAUCAGCAGUCUCGAGGACCUCUCUGUUCACCAGCCAGUGUUUCCCAUAGCAACAAACUACGGAGCGCCGGAUGUUGACCGACACACAGCGCAACACUGUAGGCGUGCGGACGGACAGACAGACAGUAGUGACUCACCGCACAUUAUGUGGUGCCAACCGAAGCGCUCGGCGAGAUUUUCCAUUUCUAACAUCAGAUCUCAUCAUAAGAGGCAUUCCCCGUUUUGGUAAAGAAACAGUUCUUCUUGAAUCACUUACAGGGAUGACUGCUGUGUCGCAUUAACCCUGUUGGAAAGAGAGAGAGAGAGAAAAAAAGAGUAGGUGAUCAGUGGGAGUCGAUGGAAUGAUUCUCCUGGAAUGCCCACGCAGCGGAAGUUCCAGGAGGAUGAUGUCUUGACUGCAUGUUUGGACGGCUGCACGCUGGACUCAAAUCAGAUGUUUAAUCAUCCCCGUGUGCUGUGUCACGGUCUAAUUUAAGAGCCGAAGCACGGCAGAGCCGGCGGGGCGCGCGCCAUUUGGUCCGGGUCUGUGUGGUUCUGCUGCGAUGUAAGGCUCUCGGCGAGCUGUGCCGCAUUUGAUGAGUUACUGAUUUGACUUACUGAUGAGUGCCCGUGUGAUUGGUGGAAGAACGCUGGAAACCACACGGAUGUGAAAUCAUCGAACAUGACGGCUUCAUCGACUGCUAGUCCCGGUAAACCUUCGCUGUCCGUUCAAGGAGUAUCGCGCCGCCACACGCCUUAGAAAUCCCCAUUCCGUUCCGUUUUUCAUGACUAUGUCCUAUUCACUGCUGCGGAAUGUUUUAUUUCCGUUGCUUUAUUUGUAUUGCGUUCUAUAGUUUGCGACUGUUGCUUGCACCCUCAAAGGACGUUCGCUUUAUCACUCCCUUGGUGAUCCCGAAAAUAUUUUUAUUUUGAGGAAAGAAAUGUCCUGCGAGUGGCUGGCGACCGGUUCGCCCAGGGUCAGCUGGGAUAGGCUUCAGUAGGCCUGCGACCUUAGUGAGGAUAAGCGCUACGGAAAACGGAUGGAAGGAAAGAAAUAUCACAUUAAGGGUACAUUUGGGGGAAUUAUUUCGCUUUUCCUUGAGGAGCUACAGAAAAAGGAUCAAUAGAACUCUCGUAACUGUCCGUUCAAUUUCGAAGCCUAAGCCCAAAGAACGUUUCCCUGCAAACUGAAGUUACCUGCCCAUAGUGUUCAAAUGAUUAUGCGUGUUUUGCCUUGAGAUUUGUAGUUGGAAUACAAACCUAAGAGCGGUAUAAAUCACAGAUACUCACCAGGCACUUUAUUCGGCCCACGAUCACAACUAAAUGCAAUGCAAUACAAUACAGAAGCUACAUUAAACCACAAUAUAAACAUAUUGUUGAAUGAAUACAUGAAUGGCUGGUGAGUGUCAACAUUGCACUCAUUACAGACGUCUGCAUUCCCACAAUGAACACAAAACUAUCAUGAAUGGAGAUGAUGGAGAUGAUUUGACCGAGAGGAGAAAACGACACAUAGGAAGACUUGCUCAUACUCGAAGACUUGAAAUAAUGAGAAUAAGGCCAAUCAUUGAAGAGAAUAUAGAGCAUGUUGCUUUGCUUGAGACUCCAGCAGUAACAAAGUAGCAGAUUUGAAGGCCUAAAAAAAAGCUACAAAAAGUUACAGCUAAUAACUAUCAGCAUGUCCCUGUGGCAGUGGUGCUUCUUGCACUUCAUUUAUCGAAGAAAUGAUCUUUUCGAGCAGGUUUGGGCAAAGUCUGGCCUGUGGGCGACGUACGGCCCAUCCAGCAUUUGCAUAUUUUACAUCAUCAGCGAUUUCAGAAGGUAAUACAAAUAUAGGCCUUCAAUUGUUCCUUUUAUAUUGAUUCUUCUCAUGGAGUCAUUGGUUGUCUGAUUUAUUGUAAAUAUUGAAAAGAUGGUAGUUAUACGUAUUUCGUCUUUAAUAGUUGUUGAAUUCAUUACAGUGAAAAAAUUAUAAAUAAGGCCACUUCUUCUUUUCCUUUUGGCUAAAGAUGAGAAUGAUUUGAAUGUUAAAAAAAGCUGUGUUGAAUACACCAAGUAUGUUUUUCUUUCUUUUUUUUUUUUAUCUCAUCUACGGAUGGCCAGGCCUGUCUGUCCCUCUUCCAAAAAUCGGAUGUGGCUCUUGAGUACAAAAGAUUUCCCAACCCCGUUUUAAGCUGUCGCAUAUAUUGGUUUCAAUUUGCUGGUGAAGAAAGUACUUGUUGUCAUAGCGAUGAGAGCUGAGGAGCCUGACUGCGCCCAACUGGUCAUCAGAAGAACUCUCCCUUCUCUGUGUGCAUACGCUUGUCUUUUAUCUUUCUGUCCGUUUGUGUCUGGCAUCAAUUCUAAUCAUCUUUGCACAUGACAGCUUUCACAAAUUGUAUUUCAUUUUUCGGGACAAGAGUGCUUGAAGGAGUGCGAGCGCUUUUUCACUGACUGAAACACACCUGCUGUAUGUUUGCUGGCUGUGAGCUGUGCCUUCUGAGUUGGAUACAGCAACUCAGCACAUACAAAAACAUUCACUUCUGACAACUUUUUUUUUUUUUUUUUAAAGUUAGCCACAGGAUAAAGAAGAGGUUUUAGGCUAGCGAUAUGUGUCAUUCAUUGCCACCUUUUAUUGGAAUUUACUAUGUGACACGAACAAUACUUACCUUGUUUUUCCAUAUCAUAUAUAUUUAUCCACGAGUGACUCAAUAAACAAUACGCCAUAUUCGAGGACCAGGCAUGCCUUUUUGUCUUGCUAAUAUCAAUAUACAGUGGAUGUCAAAAGUCAACACUCCCCUACUAAAAAAUCUGAGACUAAAAAACCUAAUAGGCUUCAUACACACUUUUCUUUUCUGUUUAACAAAUUUCAUGGAAGAAAGCUAUGUGGUUGCCCAAGUAUUCGUUUUCAAGUUACAGUGAAUUACUUUUACUCAUGUCUUCUUUCGGUUAUGAGCAUGGCGCAAACUUGGUAAUAUUUCAUCAUUAUUUAUUUGCUCCAAAUGUAUUGCACGAUCUUGAGGGCUUCAGUUGCCUACAGAAUUGCAAGUGGAAUUAAGUUCAGGCUCUGGCAAAACUGGUCCAUUUAGUUGUCCCAUGUCUCGGUAUUUUGGACUACCAGUAUGCCCAAAAUCUUUUCAAAGAUUUAAAAGUUUUAAUCUUGUCCGCAGAUUUGGGGGGAUGUUCCGUUUUGGAGCAUGGGAUAGAUAUCCUCGGCCUUAGUAACUCAUUUUAGCAAACCUCUUACUCGUAGUGUUUUGUAUGGUCUUGCUUUAUUCGUUAUUUUAAAGUUACACCAAAACACAACGGGUUAGUCGAGUAGAAAUGGGUGAUGGCUCAUCUUUCAUCUUUCCUGCACACUCACUCUUGCACUGUACUUGUUAUCACUCUUUGUAUCUUAGGUUGUAAAAAUAAAAGCUUCUUGAAAUUU